UGAUUGUUCCGAGAGUCUCCAGAUUAUCAGCGCCCCCCUCCCACUAUAUAUACCCAGGCUUCCUCCUACUUACAUUAACCAACACUGCAUCUCUUCUUGCUCUACAAGAGGGGCUCUUGUGAAUAAUGUUAUUUUCGCCUCUUAACGCGUUGCACCUUCCCCACCCACUAGCGCAAAACAACAGACGCGUCGCAACACAACGUCAUAAGCAUGGGUUAUCGCCCGCGUCAGAUCAGGGCAUGCCGAUCAGUAAUGAAGCCAGGCUGCUUUUCGAGCUUGAAAACGGGCUGGUGACGGACAGUUGCGAUGUUGUGCGGCGUAAGAUACGCACCUUGAUUGAUAACGGUGAGAUGAAAGUCGGCGAGUUCCAGAAAGAGGUCAAUAUCACUCCCAAUGCAUAUUCGCGUUUCAUGAGCCAGCACGGGAAGGACAAGGGAUCCGAAUCUUCCGUAUAUCUGGCAGCGUGGGCAUUCUUCAAGACGCGCGAGAUCCAAGGCAUCAAAACAACCCCGAACAAGAAGGCGAAGAGUAGCCAAGGACCCGCAGAAAAGGAUAGCGUACCCAGUAUUGACGACAUCGAGCUUGACGGCGAGAAGGACGAUAAAGUGCCCGUAUUCGACACAUGCGACGACGUCCGUAAGAAGAUCAACGCGCACCUCAAAAAGCCCGGUGUAACACAGGCGGCAUUCCUUCGCGCAGCCUCCACAUCCUUCCACAAUCCGCCCAAGACCCUCAACGCCCGCCAACUAUCUGCUUUCCGCAGCAAGAAGGGAGCAUUGAACGGCAAUACGUCUGGUGUGUUUUACGGUGCUUAUGUCUACUUUGAGAAACUGCGUAUCAAAGAAGGCAAGCCCAAGAGCAAGAAGAGGCAAGAAAUGGAAGAGAUACAUGCCAAAGAUGGCGGUUUGGAUACGAAGCGCAUGCAAGACAGGCUCCUGACAUUGGCGGGUGAUCAUUGGCACCAUGACGCUUACGGGAGGACCAUUCUCAACGGAGAGGUUCUGCUUUGAGAGCGUAGAGGAAUAGGUGCUUUGCUCGCUAAUGUAUUUGUUCGAUAUGCCGCAGUAACAGACUGGUAUGUACAUGACGCCCA